GACACACCUUUUGUUGUCAUCUGAAAGGGGCAGCUGCAAAAGAUUUACUGUAAAAAAACAACAACAACAACACACAAUUAGAAAAAGUGAAGACAGCGCAGCACGCACACAGGAUGAGCGGUGAUGAGAACCCAGCUGCAGUGCCAAAGCCUGUGGAGGAUGUACAGGGAGAUGCGAGGUGGAUUUCACAGCACACACGGUUUGUACAGGAGUGUAAGGAUGCAGAGCCAGAUGUGCUGUUCAUUGGUGAUUCAAUGAUUCAACUUAUGCAGCAAUAUGAUAUCUGGAGGGAGUUGUUCUCUCCUCUCCAUGCUCUCAACUUUGGUAUUGGAGGGGACACCACCUGUAAUGUGCUAUGGAGGCUGCAGAAUGGGGAGCUGGAGAACAUAAGUCCUAAAGUAGUUGUGCUGUGGGUAGGAACCAACAAUCACGAGCACACAGCAGAGCAAGUAGCAGGAGGAGUAAUGGCCAUUGCACAAUUUCUUGCAACUCGUCUACCCAAGGCCAAGAUAAUUGUUCUGGGCCUGUUGCCGCGAGGGGAACGGCCAAACCUGUUGAGGGAGAAGAAUGCAACUGUCAAUAGUUUGUUGCGCUCAUUGCUGCUCCAAAUACCCCAGGCUCAGUUCCUUGAUGUCAGUGCAGAGCUGGUCCACUCUGAUGGCACCAUCAGCAUACAGCACAUGUUUGACUUCCUUCAUCUAACAUCAUCAGGGUAUCGCGUUGUAGCAAAGCCCCUUAAUGACCUUCUGCUGCAGAUCUUAGAGGAGACGCCAGAGGAAAGAAGGGCGUCACUGGUUUAGGGUCUAAGAAAUCGAUUCAUCCAGAUGCUGGUCUCCAACUGGGUGCGAUGGGGGGGCGUGCUCCUGGGACAGCCCUGUAGAGGGCUCAUUCAGAGGAGGAUACCUUAAAAGUGAGUGUGGUGUGUGGGAUCAUAUUUAUAUGUGGAGGAUGAGCAUGGAGAGGGAGAGAGGCCGCGGCAUACUGUAGGUAGACACUGUGAUCACAAAAAUAUAGAGUUUAUAGCCAAGAAACAAAUUACAAUAAAUUCUGAAUACAAAUACUUGCCCUGUUCCUUUAUACUCACAAUAAAUACAAACUAACGAAUUUAUAAAUCUUUCAAUCCUGUACUUUAAGUCUUUCAAACACUGCCAGCCAAGAACAUACACAAAGUUAUGUAAAACAUGCUCUUAAAUGUUUUAACACUACUUUACUUCCAUUUCAUUCUAAUAUUUAUGUUCAGGUCCUACUAUUGGCACCCAUAAAGUAACUUUAAUCUGAAGAAUGUCUCUCUCCCUCUCUUCUUAAAAUGACAGUAUUUUCAUGUAAAAGCACUUCUUAAAUGUAGUUUCUCACUUUUUGUUCCAAUCUUUGUGUUUUAGUUGACCGUCAACCUUCUGUACUGCCUGACAUUUCUUCUCGACUUACACUACCAGUCAAAAGUUUGGACACAUCUUCUUUCUUAGUUUUUCUUCAUUAUUUACAUUUAGUUUCUCACUGAAGGCGUCACAACUAUGAAUGAACACCCAUGGAAUUAUGUAGUAAACAAAAAAAGUGUGAAAUAACUCAAAAGAUCAGUUUUAUUUUAGAUUCUUCAAAAUAGCGACUGCAGUGAUCACAGCUUGGUUCACUCUUGGCAUUCUCUCGGUGAGCUUCAUGAGGUAGUCUUUUGAAAUCAUCUUCCAACAGUCUUGAAGGAGUUCUCAGUGAUGCUGAUCACUUGUUGGGUCUUUUGCCUUCACUCUGUGGUCUCCAUCAUCCCAAACCAACUUCACUGGACUUAGGUCAGGUGACUGAAGGCCAGGUCAUCUGGCGCAGCACCCUUUCACUCUCCUUCUUGGCCAAAUAGGCUUUACACAGCCUGAUGAUGGUCCAACUAAACACAAACUGGAUGGGACGGGAUGGCACCGCAGGAUGCUGUGGUAGCCAUGCUGGAUUAGUGUGUCUUCAAUUUUGAACAGAUUCCCAACAGUGUCACCAGCAAAGCACCCCCACACCAUUGCACCUCUUCUCCAUGCUUCACAGUAGGAACCAUGCAUGAAGAGACCAUCUGUUUACCUUUUCUUUGCCACACAAAGAUAUGGUGAGUGGAGCCAAACAUCCCAAAUUUGGACUCAUCAGACCAAAACACUGGUUUAAUGUUCAUUCAAACAAGCUUUGUCUGCUUGUUGAGUUUCCUUAGUAGUGGCUUGAUGUAGAGAUGUGCAACUACAACUCUUUGUUGCAUUUAUAUGGUUUUUAAUCUGAGAGUGCUGUUAACUUGUGAGGUGACUCUUGGUUUUCAUGUCCUGGGAUGGUCUUCAUGUGAGCCAGCUUUGUUGAAGUGCUUGAUGGUUUUAGCGACUGAACAUCUUCAAAGUUUUUGCAAUUUUCCCGUACUUUAAGGUAAUGAUGGACUGUCGUCUCUCUUUCCUUAGUUGACUCUUUCUUGCGAUAAUUUCAAUUCUAACAGUUGUCAAAUCAGCUGUGUCCCAACCUGACUUGAUUGAACAAAGCAAGUGAUUGUCCCAGGCCCAUGAAAAAGUAAAAAAAAGUCCACUAAUGAACCCUGACAAGGCACAGCUGUGAAGGGAAAAUCAUUUUGGGUGACUUUAUCUUGAAACUUAUUGAGAGAAAGCCAAAGAUUUGCAGCACUGUCAUAAAAGCAAAAAGUAGCUACUUUGUGUAGUCUAAAAUAUAAAACAUUUACUUUUUUUCCAUGUUACGUAACUCAAAAUAUAUACCAAGCAAUAUAUAUAUAUGAAGUCUUCAAUAUACAUCUACAAUGAAAGUUGUAAAAAAUAAAGAAAAAUCAUCAGAAAGUGUGUCCAGACUGGCAGUAUAGGUCAUUGAAGUAACAUUUUGGUUACUACUGAACACGACCAUAUUAAUUGUUACUACUCCUAAAUCACAGGUCAUGUUAAGGAUGCCAUUUGUACCGUAUGUGAGCUGUUCCUGUAGCUUCUGAUUAGAAAAUGAAAAAAAAAUUAGCUCAUCAAGCGUCCACUUGAGCGUCCAAAGCGCAUCAUGUAACUUUUCUGGUGGAGGGUUUACCACUUGUGUGGAUGGAGAAGGUGAUGCCAACAAGCAAAGUUACAGGUCAGAUAUGUGGAAACCCUACACAUUUUGUAUUUUUUAUAAGGCAAGAUAUGUUUAAUGCCCUUCUAUGGAACAUUUCAAGCAAAGCCAUAAUAUCUCCAUGAACAGUAGCAGUUUGUGGGCCCCUACUUGAAAAGUUACAUUGUGCUCCUUUAACCCAAGCUACUGCUGUCUUAAUCUCUGCACCUGGUGUGCUGUGUUUAUAGUGUAUGUGUGUGUGUGUGCCUUAUGUGUUCCUAUGGCAAUUGUACACAGUAUGUCUGUCUGUGAAUUAUGAAGAGUUUACAUUGAUCUAAUUGGCUGUUUGCUUUGUGGCUUAACUGUCUUGCUAUGAAAGUCAAGCAUUCCAGUAAUAAAUGAUUUACCAUACACUCC